CUUCUUCUCAAACCAGACGCCGCUUACGUUCAGUAGCUGUUGGCUCUACAAAUGAGCUGAACAAUGGCUGAUGUUUACAGAUAUCCCGUUUUCUUUGAGUGUGAGGACCUGCUCGACAAAGACAAGGAGAAAAUAGAGCUUUAUUUCCGAGUCCGCCGCAGAUCAGGCGGAGGGGAGUGUCGACCCCUGAGGCGAGAGACCGCUUCAGUCUACAGCGUCGCCUUCAGAUAUAAGAAAGAUCAGCAGGCUGUCAAGCAGAGAUCCAAGCAUGUUGUGAAGCUUUCAGAUCAUCAAGUGGUGCUCACUGUCCAAAGCUGCCUUGAACCUUACACCUCUGCUGCUAAAGCUACAGCCCCGAGCCAGGAUUCAGCAGCUCCAGUACAGAGCCCACAGGCCAGUCCUGCCUCACUGCCUCCAUCAAGAGGUGAAAACUAUGAAUUACAACUUGAUGCUUACAUCCUCCGUUACUUGAAGGAAUGUCCCAAAGCUGGGAAAGAACUACAGGAAGAGCUCACCUCUGUUUCCUGCUCUGCCCGGCUUUACCCAGAGAAGGGAAGGGUGUUAGUCACAAGAUUGGCUCAACCUGGUGCUGCAGAUGGUGUUGGAGAUUGGAAAGCUGAGGUAGACAAAGUCUUUGAUGGCUACAUGUGCCACUAUGAGGCUGAUACUCACAAAGUUAAAGCUCUGCUUCAGUCCUGCAGCUCCCUUCAGACCACAGGUGAUGUAAAGGUGUACAUAGAGGUUGGGAUAGUUGUUGCUGUUGGGAGGCGUUUGCACCUGAGCGCCAUCUUGAUGGAUUUAGAGGACAAGUCAAGUGUGAGUGAGAAGGAAACCAGCAUUUGUCAGCUUGGUAAGGCCAAAGUGUGGCUCCUCUGGGAAGAGAUUGUGCACCGUUUGGGACAAAAUUUUCCAAAAGUGAAGGCCACUCAGGAUGAUGUUGGUCAAAUAGUUUUGGAAGGUUCCUCAGAGGAAAUUCUCAAGGCUAGAGAUCUGAUCUCAAAUGUGGAGAAGUUGGUCUUGGAAAGAGUUUCUGGUGUAAGCCCACAACUUGUGGCCUUCCUGAUGGAGGCCUAUGAAGAUCCUGGGGUGCUAGCUGAGUUUUUAGGUGUCAGAGAUGAGGUGGAAAUAGAGUUCAGAGACACAGAGCUAUGCAUCUUCACUAUGUCUCACGAUAAACUGGGUGACACAGAGAAACGACUUGCAGGAAAAUUCAAGGAAACCAGUAUAAAUAUUCCUAACUGCUCUGUUGUUCCAUCCGAGCUUCAGGAAAAGCUUGUGUGCCAGACAGUAAGGAUGAACCAAGAGCAAUGUAGAGUUCAGGUGGUGUUUAGCUUGGACCAAACGGUGUGCUUACUUGGUCACACAAAAGAAGUUGAAGUGCUCAGUGAAACUGUUAAACAGUUUGUCUUGGACCAGUCUUGUGUGCAAAGUAUAGUGUAUUUGCCAUAUCCGGAGUUAGCACAGGAGUUACCAGAGCUACUACAGCAGCAUUACUUGGACUAUUCAGGGGUUACCAUCCGCCCUUUGACAUCCUCCUCUGAGCCUGUUGUUGUGCUGGAAGGUCCAUCAGGGAAAGUAAGUGAGGUCAGGACCUGGUUGGAUUUAUUUUUGGACUCUCUCGAUCAGGACAGGGUCACCACCAAUGAUGAUGGGUCGGUUGGAUAUUUCCAAAUCUCCUCUCAGAGAUAUGAACCCCCAAGUUUGGGAGCGAAUCUGGCACCUGUAAGCUUGAGUGAAGCAAACACAACUAUUGCAUCUUACAGUCUUACAGGAGGGCUGAAGGUGCUUGUUUGUCUGGGAGACAUCACCAAACAGGAAGCUGAUGCUCUUGUGAAUGCUGCAAAUGAAAAUUUAGACCAUUGUGGUGGAGUCGCUGCUGCACUGAGCAGAGCAGGUGGUCCUGAAGUGCAGCGUGAGAGCAGUGCCUUAGUUAAGUCCUUUGGGAAAAUACCCACAGGUGAAGUGGCAAUCACCACUGGGGGGAACUUGAAAUGCAAGGCCUUGGUGCAUGCUGUAGGACCGUUAGGUGGAGGAUCAGAUGGAAAAGAAAGGGCGUUACUAGAGAAAGCUGUCCAUUCUGCUUUGGACUUAUCAGAAAGCAGGGGGUUCCAGUCUAUAGCCAUUCCUUGUAUCAGCUCAGGGGCAUUUGGUGUCCCUGUUAAAGUGUGCGCUCAGGCGAUUGUAACUGCCGUUAAAGAGUUUGGUAGUCAUGAAGAGCGAAGCCUGAGGAAAAUCAUCCUGAUUGAUAACAGAGAGGAAAUAGUGAGGGCAUUGCACGAAACAUGUGAGAAUCUUCUCCUAGGAGUGUCAACUGGGAAAAUUGCAUCAAUUGAAAAAGGGUUCCUAGGGGAGGCUUCUGCCCCAGACGAAGCAAGAGAUCCUGGAGAUGGAGUACAUGUGGAAAUCAUUCAGGGAUGCAUUGAGACACAACAGGUUGAUGCUCUGGUGUCGGCAAUGGUUGGCCAUGAUCCUCUCUCCACACGUAUCGGUAACACUUUGUUCAACAUGGCCGGACCUGAGUUGACAGCAACAUUUAGGAAGCAAGCAGGAGAGGAAACAAUGCCUGGUGACACAGUCCUGGUCGAGGACUUGUCUGAACUUCCAUUUCAUGCCGUGUUCUUCCUCAACCUCGCUCCCUGGGAUAAUGACAAGGAAGGAACUGCAGUUCAGGUUCUGAGAAUGGGCAUCAACCAAAUCCUAACUUCCUGUGACGAUAGAGGAUUUGGUUCUGUUGCUCUCCCUGUCCUGGGCGCUGGGAUUGCUCUGCAUUUUCCUGAGAGCUUAGUGGCUAGGGUUCUACUGGAGCAGAUUCGCACAUUUGAACAAGAGCGAGGCAGCAGAACACCAUUUGUUGUCCGGGUCGUCAUCCACCCAAGUGAGGAAAAGACGGCUGAGGUCUUCAAGUCAAUCCAAGAAGAUUUUCAGCCCAAAGACAUUAAAAGCAAAGUUCGACAACGCAGAGUGUCUGGUACAAAGAGAAUCGUGCUGCUGGGAAAAACAGGAUCUGGAAAGAGCAACCUCGGGAACACCAUAUUUGGAGAGAAGUUGUUCACCACCAACCAUACCCCCAACUCUGGAACACGACGGUGCCAAGCAGAAACCAGAUCUGUCAAUGGCAGAAGCAUCACGCUUAUCGACACUCCUGGUUUCUUCGAUGCAGAAAGGUCUGAGGAGGAGAUAAAGCCUGAGAUAGUGAGCUGCAUCACAGAGUGUGCUCCUGGGCAUCAUGCUUUUCUCAUUGUUCUCAAAGUGGAGAAGUUCACUGAGCACGAGCAGGCUGUCAUCGCUAAAAUAUGCCAGUAUUUCUCUGAAGAUGCUCUUAAAUAUGCUGUCAUUGUCUUCACACAUGGCGAUCAGCUCCCUAAAGGGGUGAAAAUCAAGGAGUUUGUCAGUCAGAAUAAAGAUCUGAGUGAUCUCGUGAAGAAGUGCAGUGGAAGAUGCCACGUCAUUGAUAAUAAAUACUGGAAGAACAAAGUGCAGAAUAACUACAGGAGCAACCAGCUCCAUGUGGAGGAGCUGCUCAAGACAAUAGAUGCAAUGGUGAUGGAAAACAAUGGAGACUUUUAUGACAAUGAGAUGUUUCAAGAGGUAGAGAAAGAAAUUCAGAAAGAGGAAGAGCAUAUCAAACAGUCUCAGGGUGACAUGCCAGUGGAAGAGAUCAGAAAAGCAGCAAAAAGCAUCUUUUCUGAGAAGUUUAUGAUCCAGCUGGCUGGCACUGCAACAGGAGUGUUGAUCGGGGCUUUUUUUGGUGUGGCAGCAAUGGUCGGACUAGUCAUCACAGCUGUGCAAAACUCUAGAACCGUACUGAAUGUCAUGAAAAAAAUGCCAGCAGUCGGAGGUACAGCUGCCACAGCAGUAGCAGGGAUGGAGGCGGCAAGUCUGACAACUGUAGGGGUGGUGGCUGGUGUGACUGCAGUGGGCUUGACUGGAGCAGGCGCAGCAAUCGGUGGGGUUAUUGGGCGUGAUGCAGCCGAGGGAGCCAAAACACCAAAGGAGGCAAUGACCAGAGCAGUCAAUGCAGUUCUUGAGAAAGGAAAGGCUGUCUUGAAGCAUUAAUGGCUGGCAUCUUGGCUGAUUUUAAUCCAGAGCCAUCUGUUUUAAGCUCUGUUGCCACUGGUGUUUAUGUAACGGAAAGCACUGUACUGGAUAUAAAUGGACACAGCAAAAGUAAAUCAGCAACAUGCAAGUGGCCGGCUCUGAUUAUAUGAAAGCGUGGAGAACAUGUAAGUGACAUUGAGAAACAAAAUGCCAUGGCUAAGGAGUGUAUCAACUUCAGAAAGCACUGCACUGGAUACAAAUGGACACAGAAAAGUAAAUCAACUACACGUAAGUUGCCCACUUCGAUAUAGCAGUCACAGUAGUGCUAGUGUAAGUGAAGCGCUAUACCGGAUAUAAAUGUACACAGCAAAGUAAAUCAACUACACAUAAGAAGAGACAAAAAGACGACAAAUGCAGUGUCCAGCAAAAUAACAUGAAACAUCUGCUACAAUUACUUCUGCCCACAAUCAGCCUCUUACUUGUGAUUAUGGUAUGUGAUUAGCUACUUUAAUUAUUAUAGUUAAGGGUCUUGGGGGCUCGGGUGUCCCGUCAAUUAACUUUAUUUCUGAUACUAUAAAUUUUUAUGCACAAAUUUGACUUGAAAUUGCUUUUAAUUUUGUAAAGGGGAACACAUUCAAUAUGAAUAAUACUGAUCAAAUAUAUUGUGCUAAAACUUCAUAUUGUCGAAAUAAAGUACCUUUUAACAUCACUGUCAAGGUCUGAACCAAAUGCUAAACAAAAGAACGUCCUGUCGAGUAAAAAGCAGCUUCAUUACCUGCACAAUAACGCAUGUUUACUUAAAGGGUACGUUUUAAACCGCAUUACCUUCAAAACUAAGUUGUGUUGAAUUUUUCUGAUUAUUUUUUGCUGUGUUUACUGUACAUACAACUCAACCAGACUUCACACAGAAUUUUUUUGGAGGAAGCUGGCAGGGAACAGGGAAAAAUGUGUCCAUUUUCAUUCACACAUGUCACACACCACACCCAAAAUGUUUUUUGAGAGCUCUUCAGGAGUUUCGUACAUGUGUGAAAAGGCUAUUUUAUAUGUAUUUUUAUUACUUGGUGCAGGGCAGGUAGCUUACAGUUUUUCUCUAUUAAAACUACAUGAUGAGGCAGGAAAACUUUUAAACUUCAAGAGGCUAAAAUCAUUGAGCUGAUGAUAUUUGCAAUCUGGUGAUAAGGCUGCACAUGUUUGACACUAUGAUUAAGGUUUACAUAAUUUAUGGUGACUUGAUGCACUUUAUGAAAGAGAAAAGUACAGCUUUAGGGGAGAGAAACAAUGGAAGAACAAAGAAAAGGCAUGCAUUACAAUAAUGAAGGUGGAGGGAAAUCUCAAAAUAUAAUGAACUGUUAAAAUAUGUGAGUGAAAUAUGUAAGAUCAUUGGGAAUAGUCCAUCUUUUUAUAUUGAUAUAGCACAAAACAUGUCUUCUUGAUAAUUAAUGAAGGUGAUUUCGUAAUCUAUGUGGUUGUUUGUGAACUCUGUAGCCUCAUUGUUGGCUUUUGUAUAUUUAUUUGAAUCUGAUUUCAACAAUAAAAUCAU